AUGUAUUCUACUCUCUUUAUGGUAAUGUUUUUAUUUUUAAAGAGACCUAGAUACCUUGGUAAAUGCCCAAAAAUAACUCCAAUUAGAAAUGAAGAAUAAUGGUAAAAUGCAGUAAAGAAAUAUGCAAAGAAAGGAGCUAAAAGAGAUGAUAGUGUUCUCACUUUUAAGGAUACAAAUAUGUAAUUUGUUGAAUUCUACAGAGAUAAUGAAGAACUUUCAACUGAUACUCGUGCAUUAUGGGCUUAUUUUGCAGAAAAAUAUUCUACAAAUAAAUUUAAAUUCUAUUCAGUUGAUGUAAACAAAGUUAAAGGAAUUUAUGAUGAUAUAGAUGUGAAUGUAGCCCCAGAAUCUAAUGAGUUCCCUACAUUAAUAAUUUUUGAAGAUGGAGUUCUUGCUUAAAGAUAUCCUUGUGAAGAUCCAAACACCUAUUUAGGAAAGUAAUUGAAGAAAUGGAAGAGAAAAGCAUUUGAGAAAUUCUUCUAGUUCCACAAUAGAUGGUUUGAUACUAAAGAUUCUUAACCAGAAGAAGAAAGCUAGGAGGGAAAAAAUGAAAUUAAAAAGAAGCAAAAGAGUUCCAAGAAGAGUGAUUGA